ACUCAAUGCAAACGCAUACCGAACCUAGCGCACCCAGCGCACGUUAGAGACGUCCGACCUUUGUUUCUUUCUUCGUUGAUCUCUCUAAUCUCUCUUCGGCGUUGCCUUGAUAUCCAAGCUACCACUUUUGUAAAUCAAUCUCAAUGGCAUUUCUACGUAAAUAAAUCGAUCUUCAUGGUCUAAAAGAAUCCAGCCUUGCAUUGAUCGUCCCUUGCAGCCAUCGUCGCCGGAGGAAAUGGAAUUUCCCAUGCCGGCACCGGCGCCGGGGCCAGACUCUAUCCUUCUGGAAGAUUUCGGCCAGAAGGUGGAUCUCACACGCCGGAUUCGAGAGGUGCUGUUGAAUUAUCCUGAGGGGACGACAGUGUUGAAGGAGCUGAUACAGAACGCCGAUGACGCCGGUGCCACCAAGGUGUGUCUCUGCUUGGACCGGAGGGUUCACGGCAGUGAGUCGCUGUUGUCGGAGAAGUUGGCGCAGUGGCAAGGCCCGGCUUUGUUGGCGUACAACAAUGCGGAGUUCACGGAGGAGGAUUUUGUGAGUAUUUCGCGGAUUGGAGGCAGUAAUAAGCAUGGGCAAGCUUGGAAGACCGGUCGGUUCGGGGUGGGCUUCAACUCGGUGUACCAUUUAACUGAUUUGCCCUCUUUUGUCAGUGGUAAAUAUGUGGUAUUAUUUGAUCCUCAGGGUGUUUACCUUCCAAAUGUCUCCACAGCAAAUCCAGGAAAGCGAAUUGAAUAUGUUAGUUCGUCUGCUAUCUCAUUGUACAAAGACCAGUUUUUACCAUAUUGUGCCUUUGGCUGUGACAUGAAACAUCCUUUCUCUGGCACUUUAUUCCGUUUCCCUUUGAGGAAUGCUGAUCAAGCAGCCAUUAGUAAACUCUCAAGGCAAGCGUACUUGGAAGAUGACAUUUCUUCCAUGUUUGUUCAGCUUUAUGAGGAAGGGGUUUUCGCUCUACUUUUUCUUAAAAGUGUACUGUCAAUUGAAAUGUAUACAUGGGAUGCCGGGGAACCUGAUCCGAGAAAAAUCUAUUCCUGCACUGUCAGCUCAGCAAAUGAUGACACAGUUUUGCAUCGCCAGGCACUUCUAAGAUUGUCAAAGACAAUAAGCUCGUUAAAGAGUGAGAUGGAUGCCUUCUCAUUGGACUUCUUGAGUGAGGCAAUAAUUGGGAACCAUUUGGAGAAGAGGAUAGAUACCUUUUACAUAGUGCAGAAAAUGGCAUCUGCAUCUAGUAAGAUUGGUUCUUUUGCUGCUACUGCAUCCAAAGAAUAUGAUAUUCACCUGUUGCCGUGGGCAUCGGUUGCAGCAUGCGUAUCAAAUGAUUCUUCAAAUGACAAUGUUCUGAAGCUUGGACGGGCAUUUUGUUUUCUUCCAUUGCCAGUAAGAACUGGAAUGACAGUGCAAGUUAAUGGUUACUUUGAGGUUUCCUCAAACCGUCGUGGCAUUUGGUAUGGAGAUGACAUGGACAGAAGUGGAAAAAUUCGGUCUAUGUGGAACAGGCUUCUAUUAGAAGAAGUUGUGGCUCCUAGUUUUAUACAGCUAUUGCUUGGUGUCCAAAGAUUGCUUGGUCCUGAAAAAUUAUACUAUUCUUUAUGGCCGAGUGGGUCUUUUGAAGAGCCAUGGAGCUUACUGGUUGAGCAUAUAUACAGAAACAUUGGUAAUGCUCCUGUCUUGUAUUCAGAGCUUGAAGGAGGAAAAUGGGUGGCACCAAUUGAAGCUUUUCUUCAUGAUGAAGAGUUCAACAAAACUAAGGAACUCUCUGAGGCCCUUGUACAGCUGGGAAUGCCCAUUGUUCAUUUGUCCAAUCCCGUGUCUGCUAUGCUCUUGAAAUAUGCUUCUGGCUUUCAGCAGAAAGUGGUUACCCCUGAUACAGUGCGUCAUUUCCUCAGGAAAUGUAAAACUCUGGUUACGUUAGGUAAAUACUACAAACUUAUAUUGUUGGAGUAUUGUCUGGAAGACCUGAUCGAUGCUGAUGUUGGUGUGCAUGCAUAUAAUCUGCCUUUGCUUCCUUUAGCUAGUGGUGAAUUUGGAUUAUUUUCUGAAGCCUCAAAAGGGACUUCUUUUUUUAUCUGCAAUGAUUUAGAAUACUUGCUGCUUCAAAAAAUAUCUGACAGAUUAAUUGACCGGAAUAUUCCUGUCAAUAUAAUAAGCAGGCUCUCAGCUAUUGCGAAGUUUCAGAAGACGAAUCUUAUAGUUUUCAAUGCUCAUUACUUACUACAUUUAUUCCAUCAUUUGGUGCCUGCUGACUGGAAGUAUAAAAGCAAAGUUCUUUGGGACCCGGAGUCUAAUCAUGAUCAUCCGACUCUAUCAUGGUUCAUUCUUUUUUGGCAAUAUCUUAGAGAUAGGUGUGAAAAGUUAUCAUUAUUUGAUGAUUGGCCUAUUUUUCCAUCCAGUUCUGGGCAUCUGUAUAGGGCUUCAAGAGAAUCAAAAUUAAUUAAUGCAGAAAAUAUUUCUGAUGAAAUGCGAAAUCUCCUUGUUAAGAUUGGAUGCAAGGUACUGAAUAAUAAUUAUAGAGUUGAACACCCAGAUUUGUCUCAGUAUGUAUGUGAUGCUAGUGGUGCAGGUGUUCUGGAAUCAAUUUUUGAUGCUGUCUCUUCAAAUGGAAACAUCAUGAAAACAUUCCAUAGCUUGGGAACAGGAGAGAGGGAUCAGCUCCGCAGGUUUCUUCUUGAUCCAAAAUGGUAUAUUGGUGAUCAUAUGGAUGAUUCUAGCAUACGGAAUUGCAAAAAGCUUCCUAUUUACAAAGUACAUGGUGUAGGAUCUAACCAAUUCUGCUUUUCUGAUUUAGAAACUCCUCAGAAGUACUUGCCACCAUUGGAUAUUCCCGAGUGCUUCAUGGGGGGUGAGUUCAUUAUCAGCUCUUCAAAUAGUGAGGAAGAGAUUUUAUCCAGAUAUUAUGGAAUUGAGCGAAUGGGGAAGACACUUUUCUACAGGCUGCAUGUGUUAAACAGAGUCAGGGAAUUGCAACCUGUUGUUCGUGACAGCAUCAUGCUGUCUGUUUUGCAAGACCUUCCACAAUUGUGUGUUGAAGACACAUCUUUCAGAGAAUGCUUGAGAAAUUUGGAAUUUGUCCCAACCCAUGGUGGUGCUGUUCGGUGUCCUUCAAUGCUAUAUGAUCCUCGUAAUGAAGAAUUAUAUGCUUUACUAGAGGACUCUGAUUGUUUCCCAUGUGGUGUUUUUGAAGAGGCAGGCGUUUUGGACAUGCUUCAAGGUUUGGGCCUUAGGACAUCUAUAUCUCCAGAGACAGUCAUACGGAGUGCUCGACAGGUGGAACAGCUAAUGUGUGUGGAUCAACAAAAGGCAUAUUCAAGAGGUGAAGUGCUUCUUUCCUACCUAGAAGUAAAUGCAAUGAAGUGGCUACCUGGUCCACCACAUGAUGACCAAGGAACUGUGAAUAGAAUCUUUUCACGAGCUGCCACUGCAUUUAGGCCUCGCAAUGUGAAAUCUGACAUUGAGAAGUUCUGGAAUGAUCUCCGGAUGAUCUGCUGGUGCCCAGUUUUAGUUUCUGCUCCAUAUGAAACCAUACCAUGGCCUGUGGUGUCAUCCAUGGUUGCCCCUCCAAAACUUGUAAGGUUACAGACGGACUUGUGGCUUGUUUCAGCAAGCAUGAGAAUCCUGGCUAGGGAAUGCUCUUCAACAGCUUUAUCAUGUCAGCUUGGGUGGUCUUCCCCACCAGGAGGAAGUGCAAUUGCUGCCCAGCUACUUGAGCUUGGAAAAAAUAAUGAGGUUGUGAAUGAUCAGGUGCUUCGACAGGAAUUAGCCUUAGCAAUGCCAAGGAUAUACUCUAUACUGAUGGGCAUGAUUGGUUCAGAUGAGAUGGACAUUGUAAGGGCUGUUCUAGAAGGGUGUCGAUGGAUUUGGGUGGGAGAUGGAUUUGCAACUGCUGAUGAGGUUGUCCUUGAUGGUCCCCUUCAUUUGGCUCCUUAUAUACGUGUUAUACCUGUUGAUUUAGCAGUUUUCAAGGAAUUAUUUUUGAAACUUGGAAUUCGAGAGUUCGUGAAGCCUGAUGAUUAUGCUAACAUUUUAGGUAUAAUGUUUACUAGGAAAGGUUCCACUCCCCUUGAUGCACAGGAAAUCAGGGCAGCUUUGCUGAUUGUGCAGCAUCUGGCUGAAGUUCAGUUUCAUGAACAUAAAGCUAAGAUCUACUUACCAGAUGUGUCAGGAAGACUACUUCCUGUCAGUGAGUUAGUUUAUAAUGAUGCUCCCUGGUUGCUUGGUUCAGAAGAUGUUGAUAAUUCAUUUGGCAGUGCAUCUACUGUGGCAUUUAAUGCAAAGGGAACAAUUCAAAAAUUUGUUCAUGGGAACAUAUCUAAUGACGUUGCAGAGAAGCUUGGUGUCUGCUCACUUCGAAGGACAUUGCUUGCUGAGAGUGCUGAUUCGAUGAAUUUGAGUUUAUCUGGAGCUGCUGAAGCUUUUGGACAGCAUGAAGCUUUGACCACCAGACUUAAGCAUAUUCUUGAAAUGUAUGCAGAUGGACCUGGGAUUCUCUUUGAGCUGGUGCAAAAUGCGGAGGAUGCAGGAGCUUCGGAGGUGAUCUUUCUCUUGGAUAAAACCCAGUAUGGGACUUCUUCCAUCCUCUCUCCUGAAAUGGCAGAUUGGCAAGGCCCUGCUUUGUACUGUUUCAAUGACUCUGUUUUCAGUCCACAAGAUCUUUAUGCAAUCUCGCGGAUUGGUCAAGAAAGCAAGCUAGAGAAGCCAUUUGCUAUUGGAAGAUUUGGGCUGGGAUUUAAUUGUGUUUAUCAUUUUACAGACAUACCAACUUUUGUUUCUGGGGAAAAUAUUGUUAUGUUUGAUCCUCAUGCCUGUAAUUUGCCUGGAAUCUCUCCAUCCCACCCUGGUUUAAGAAUUAGAUAUGUUGGGAGAAGGAUUCUGGAACAAUUUCCAGAUCAGUUCUCUCCAUUCCUACACUUUGGCUGUGACUUGCAGAAUCCCUUUCCUGGCACACUCUUUCGUUUUCCCCUCAGGAGUGCAAGUGUUGCUUCUCGAAGCCAAAUAAAGAAAGAAGGCUAUGCACCUGAAGAUGUCAUGUCUCUCUUUGCUUCUUUUUCUGAGGUUGUUUCAGAGGCUUUACUUUUCGUCCGUAAUGUGAAAACCAUCUCCAUUUUUGUUAAGGAAGAAACUGGUUGUGAAAUGCAACUCAUACAUCGUGUUCAUAAACAUUGCAUUAGUGAACCUGACAUUGAACCCAAUUCUCUACAUAUGUUCAGCAUUUUUAAUGGAAAUCAGCACAGUGGAAUGGAUAAGGAUCAGUUUCUAAAAAAAUUGAGUAAAUCAGUUGAUAAGAAUUUGCCAUGGAAAUGUCAGAAGAUUGUGAUGACAGAGCAAAGUUCGUCAAAAAAUAUGUCACACUUUUGGAUAACCAGUGAAUGUUUAGGUGUUGGGCAAGUUAAGAACUCUGCACCCUCGAAGUCUCAUAAUUUAAUUCCUUGGGCUUGUGUUGCUGCAUAUUUACACUCCGUCAAGGUUGAUAGGGAAUCGAGUGAUAUUCCGCAUACUGAGAGAACUUGUGAAACUAUUUCUGAUGUCUUUGAAGUUCCUGCUUCUUCUAUUCAAGAUAGAAAGAAUUUUGAGGGCCGUGCAUUCUGCUUUUUACCACUGCCGAUCAGUACUGGUCUUCCAGCACAUGUUAAUGCAUAUUUUGAAUUGUCAUCAAAUCGAAGGGAUAUCUGGUUUGGCAAUGACAUGGCAGGGGGUGGAAAAAAACGCUCGGAAUGGAACAUUUACCUGCUUGAAGAUGUUGCUGCCCCUGCUUAUGGUCAUUUGCUUGAGAAAAUUGCAUUGGAACUUGGUCCAUGUGAUUUGUUCUUUUCAUUUUGGCCAACUAGCAUUGGAAUAGAACCUUGGGCAUCAAUGGUGCAGAAACUCUAUAAUUUUAUUGCUGAUUCUGGUCUUUCUGUAUUGUAUACAAAAGCUAGAGGGGGCCAGUGGAUUUCCGCCAAACAAGCUGUUUUUCCUGAUUUUACUUUCAGUAAGGCACAUGAGCUUGUAGAAGUAUUAUCUGAUGCUGGUCUACCUCUCGUGUCUCUUUCUAAGCCACUUGUCGAGAGGUUUAUGGAGUUUUGUCCAUCAUUGCGUUUCCUGACACCUCAGUUGCUGAGAACUCUGUUGAUUCGGCGGAAACGUGGAUUUAGGGACAGGAAUGCAAUGAUAUUGACACUUGAAUAUUGCUUACUUGACUUGAAAAUGCCAGUUCGAUCUGAUAGUUUGUAUGGUUUACCUUUGGUACCCCUUGCCAAUGGUUUAUUUACAGCAUUUGACAAGAUGGGAGUGGGUGAAAGGAUUUAUAUUGCACGUGGAGAUGAGUAUGGUCUUCUUAAGGAUUCAAUUCCACAUCAACUUGUAGACUCUGGAAUUCCGGAAGGAAUUCAUAUGAAGCUAUGUGAUAUUGCCCAAACAGAAGACUUAAAUAUUUCUUUUCUGACAUGCUAUUUGCUUGAAAAACUUUUCCUAAGAUUACUCCCAGCAGAGUGGCAGCAUGCCAAACAGGUAAUUUGGAACCCUGGUCAUCAAGGCCAACCAAGUUUAGAAUGGUUAAGGCUGCUAUGGAGUUAUUUGAAGUCAUGUUGUGAUGAUCUCUCAGAAUUUUCGAAGUGGCCUAUUUUACCAGUUGGGAAUAAUUAUCUCUUGAAGCUGGUUGAAAAUUCAAAUGUGAUAAAAGAUGAUGGGUGGAGUGAGAACAUGUGUUCUUUGUUAUUGAAAGUAGGAUGCCUAUUUUUGAGGAAUGACCUGCCUAUAGAGCAUCCACAGUUGAAAAAUUAUGUGCAGCUGCCAACAGCAACUGGCAUUUUGAAUGCCUUACUGGCACUUGCUCGUAAUCCGGAGAAUGUUCAGAAACUUUUCUGUGAUGCAUCAGAAGGGGAGCUUCAUGAACUCAGGAGUUUUAUUCUUCAGUCAAAGUGGUUCUCUGAAGGUCAGAUGGAUGACACACAUAUUGAUGUCAUCAAACACCUUCCCAUGUUUGAAUCGUUCAGAAGUAGAAAACUAGUAUGUUUGAGUAAACCCACUAAAUUGCUUAAACCAAAUGGUGUGUCUGAAGAUCUUUUGAAUGAUGACUUUGUACGCACGGAUUCAGAAAAAGAAAGAAUCAUUCUGAGAAGGUAUUUAGAGGUUAAGGAACCUUCAAGGGCAGAAUUCUACAAAGAUUAUGUAGUCACUUGCAUGCCAGAAUUUCUUUCACAGCAGGGAGCACUUUCAGCCAUUUUACAUGAUGUGAAACUUUUGAUUGAAGAAGAUACCUCAAUUAAACUUACACUUUCCAUCACACCCUUUGUUUUGGCUGCCAAUGGGUCAUGGCAACAACCAUCCAGGCUAUAUGAUCCUCGAGUUCCCGAAUUGCAAGACAUGCUUCACAGAGAAGUUUUCUUCCCCUCUGACAAGUUCUCAGAUCCUGAAACUUUGGAGACUUUAGUUAGCCUUGGCCUUAGACAAAGCUUGGGUUUUACUGGUUUACUUGAUUUUGCUAGGUCAGUUUCUAUUUUUCAUGAUUUGAGGGACUCAAAAACACUGGCUCAGGGGAGGAGGUUGCUCACCUGUUUAGAUGCUGUAGCAUUGAAGCUCUCAACUGAGAACGGAGAAGGUGAUUGCAAUAGGUGUGAGAAUGCCACAUUAGGUCAGAACAGCAGUGUUGAUGAUGGCAAUGUCGAGUGUGUUGACCCUCCAAAAGAAUAUAAAGAUGAUCUAGUAAUCAAUCCAUUUGUAGGCAACUUGAUUGAUGAUAAGCUAGAGGAAGAAUUUUGGUCAGAGAUGAAAGCCAUUGCUUGGUGCCCUAUUUUUUCUGAACCCCCUAUACAAGGACUUCCAUGGUUAAUAUCCAGUAAUCAAGUAGCAGCACCAAGUAUGGUGAGACCCAAAUCACAGAUGUGGAUGGUUUCAGCUGCAAUGCAUCUGCUAGAUGGCGAAUUUUCCUCUAUAUACCUGCAACGUAAACUGGGUUGGAUGGAUCAGCUGGAUACAGAUGUUUUAUCUACUCAAUUAAUUGAGCUCUCCAAAUCCUAUAGCCAGCUUAAGUUACAGUCUGUGGUGAAACCUGUUUUUGAUGCUGAACUGCAAAAGGGAAUUCCAUCACUUUACUCAAAAUUGCAAGAAUAUGUUGGCACAGAUGAUUUCAUGGUGCUAAAAUCUGCAUUGGAUGGUAUUCCUUGGGUUUGGAUUGGAGAUGAUUUUGUAUACCCAAACGCACUUGCAUUUGACUCACCAGUGAAAUUUACUCCGUGCUUGUAUGUUGUACCAUCUGAGUUAUCAGAAUUCAGAGAUUUGCUUUUGGCAUUAGGAGUGAAACUUAGUUUUGACAUUUUGGACUAUUUUCUUGUUCUGCAACGCUUGCAGAAUGAUGUGAAAGGUUUCCCAUUGACAACUGAUCAGUUAAGUUUUGUUCAUUGCAUCCUGGAAGCUGUUGCCGACUGUUGUUCAGACAAGCCAUUAUUUGAGGCUUCUAAUACACCACUAUUGCUUCCAGAUUCUUCUGGAGUUCUGAUAUGUGCAGGAGAUCUUGUGUAUAAUGAUGCACCAUGGAUGGAGAACAAUGCUCUCGUUGGUAAACAUUUUGUGCAUCCAAGUAUCAGCAAUGAUUUGGCAAAUAGGUUGGGUGUUCAGUCACUUCGCUGCCUUUCUUUAGUCGAUGAAGAAAUGACUAAAGAUUUACCAUGCAUGGACUAUGGAAAAAUAAGUGAGCUUCUGGUGUCAUAUGGGGACCGUGAUUUUUUGUUGUUUGACCUUCUUGAGUUGGCAGAUUGCUGCAAAGCAAAGAAGUUACACCUGAUCUUUGACAAGAGGGAACAUCCUCGCCAGUCCUUGCUGCAGCACAAUCUUGGGGAAUUUCAGGGGCCUGCCCUUGUAGCCAUCAUGGAGGGGGCCAGCUUGAGUAGGGAGGAAGUAAGUAGUCUCCAACUUCUUCCUCCAUGGAGACUACGGGGUGAUACUCUUAACUAUGGCUUGGGACUGCUUAGCUGUUAUUCCAUAUCUGAUCUCCCAUCCAUUGUUUCUGGUGGCUACUUUUACAUUUUUGAUCCUCAUGGUUUGGCGCUUCCUGGAUCUUCAAGUCAUGGGCCUACAGCAAAAGUGUUCUCAUUGAUUGGUACUAAUUUGACUGAGCGAUUUUGUGAUCAAUUUAAUCCUAUGCUAAUUGGUCAAAACAUGCCAUGGUCAUCAUCAGAUUGUACUGUUAUGCGCAUGCCUCUAUCAACAGAAUGCAUGAAAGGUGGACUUGAGUUUGGGCUACAAAGAGUGAAGCAGAUUUUUGACAGAUUUUUGGAGCAUGCAUCUAGAGUACUUCUAUCCUUGAAGUCAGUUUUGCAGGUGUCACUAUCAACAUGGGAGGAAGGAAACCCACAACCUAGCCAGGAUUAUUCUGUUGGUGUUGAUUCAUCAGCUGCUAUCAUAAGAAACCCUUUUUCAGAAAAGAAGUGGAGAAAAUUUCAAAUAUCAAGGUUGUUUAGUAGCUCAAAUGCUGCAAUUAAAUUACAUGUCAUAGAUGUGAACAUGUACCAAGGAAGAACUAGAGUUGUUGAUCGGUGGCUCAUUGUGCUUAGCUUGGGUUCUGGGCAAACAAGAAAUAUGGCUCUUGAUAGGCGGUAUUUGGCUUACAACUUGACUCCUGUUGCUGGAGUUGCAGCACAUAUAUCCCGGAAUGGCCAUCCUGCUGACUCUUAUCUAUCAAACUCAAACUCCAUUAUGUGUCCUCUUCCUUUGUCCAGUGACAUAAACAUGCCUGUCACUGUUCUUGGAUGUUUCCUUGUCCGUCACAAUGGAGGUCGCUAUCUCUUUAAAUGCCAGGAUAGAGAAGCUGCAGUUGAGGCACGGCCUGAUGCUGGAAAUCUGUUAAUUGAAGCUUGGAACAGGGAACUGAUGUCUUGUGUUCGUGAUUCCUACAUUGAAAUGGUGUUGGAAAUUCAAAAAUUAAGAAGAGAACCUUCAAGUUCUACUAUUGAGCCAACUGUAGGCCAUACCAUUAAUCUGGCUCUGAAGGCUUAUGGGGACCGAAUUUAUUCCUUCUGGCCAAGAUCUACUGGGAACUCUUUGGUUAAUGAACCUUCUGAUGGCAGUAACUUAAUUUCAACCAAUGUUCUUAAAGCUGAUUGGGAGUGUCUGAUUGAACACGUAAUUAGGCCUUUCUAUGCUCGCCUUGUUGACCUUCCUGUCUGGCAGCUCUAUUCUGGAAAUUUGGUCAAGGCUGAAGAGGGUAUGUUUCUUUCCCAACCUAGGAAUGGGGUUGGUGGUAAUUUGCUACCAGCUACAGUUUGUGGAUUUGUGAAGGAACAUUAUCCAGUUUUUUCAGUACCAUGGGAGUUGGUAACUGAAAUCCAGGCUGUGGGAGUUACAGUUCGUGAAGUCAAACCUAAGAUGGUUCGUGAUCUUCUUAGGGUUGCUUCGACAUCUAUUGUUCUCCGGUCAGUUGAUACAUAUGUGGAUGUCCUUGAGUACUGCUUGUCCGAUAUUCAUAUUUCAGAGUCCUCCAAUCCGAGCACUGUGGACACAUCAUUGGACACAUUUAACUCCAAUUCUAUAUACAGAGCAAGUAAAGAAGAGGGCAGCAGUUCCACUUCUGUGUCAAUUCCUCAUGUGCAGAGGCUUAAUGGGAUGUCUACUCAGAAUGCUGCCAAUUCAGGGGGAGAUGCACUUGAAAUGGUGACAACCAUUGGGAAGGCUUUGUUUGAUUUUGGCCGGGGAGUUGUUGAAGAUAUUGGUAGGGGGGGAGGGCCUUUGGUUCAUAGGAACAGCAUUACAGGUAGUAGUGGUGACAUCAGGGGUAGAAGUGAAGACCAAAAGCUUCUAUCCAUUGCUGCUGAGCUCAGAGGCUUACCGUGUCCAACUGCAACAAUGCAUCUGACAAGGUUGGGGGUUACUGAACUCUGGAUUGGGAACAAGGAGCAACAGACCUUGAUGAUUCCCUUAGCAGCAAAGUUUAUCCACUCAGAUGUACUGGACAGAUCAAUCUUAGCUGACAUUUUUUGCAACCCUGUGCUUCAAACAUUGUUGAAACUUCAAAAUUUCUCUGUCCGCUUACUGUCCAACCAUAUGAGGAAACUUUUUCAUGAGAGCUGGGUGAAUCACAUAAUGGACUCUAAUAUGGCCCCUUGGUUUUCAUGGGAGAACACUACAGGUUCUAGUCAAGAAGGGGGCCCUUCUCCUGAAUGGAUAAGACUCUUCUGGAAUGGUUUCAGUGGCUCAUUGGAAGACCUCUCACUCUUUUCUGAUUGGCCACUAAUUCCUGCUUUUCUUGGUCGGCCUAUCUUAUGCCGUGUAAGGGAGUGUCAGCUGGUUUUUAUCCCACCCCCUACCAUUGAUCAUGUUGUGGAAAUGAGUGCAACUGAAAUUGAUCCAACUGGGAUAUCAAUUAAUCAUUCUUCCGAAACCGAGUCACUCCAGUCAUACAUUUCAGCUUUUAAAGCAGCUGAAAAUAAGUAUCCUUGGUUGUUAUCACUGCUGAACCAGUGCAACAUACCUAUAUUUGAUGCUGCUUUCAUGGAAUGUGCUGCUCGAUGUAAUUGUCUCCCUACACUUGAUCAGUCAUUAGGGCAGAUUAUUGCUUGCAAGCUUGUUGCAGCUAAACAGGCUGGCUAUUUCCCUGAACUUAAUUCUUUUCUAGCUUCAGAGCGUGAUGAACUCUUUGCACUUUUUGCUUCUGAUUUCUCUUCUAAUGGCUCUAAGUAUGGAAGGGAAGAGCUUGAAGUGUUACGUGCUCUGCCUAUAUACAAAACGGUUACAGGGUCAUACACUCAAUUGCAAAGUCAAGAUCUGUGUAUGAUCCCUUCUAGUUCAUUUCUCAAGCCAUGUGAUGAGCGUUGCCUUUCAUAUCCCACAGAUUCUGUGGAAAGUUCAUUACUUAGAGCCCUUGCAGUCCCCGAGCUGCAAGAUCAACAGAUUUUGGUCAAAUUUGGGUUGCCUGGAUUUGAAGGCAAGCCUCAGGCUGAGCAGGAGGAUAUCCUAAUAUAUAUUUACAUGAAUUGGCAAGAUCUACAGGUAGAUUCUUCAGUAGUUGAAGCUUUGAAGGAGGCUAGAUUUGUAAGGAAUUCUGAUGAAUUCUCUAUAGAUCUGUCCAAACCCAAGGAUCUGUUUGAUCCUGGUGAUGUUUUGUUAACAUCUGUGUUCUUUGGUGAGAGAAAGAAAUUUCCUGGAGAAAGGUUUACUACAGACGGGUGGCUUCGGAUAUUAAGAAAAACUGGUCUUCGAACUGCAGCUGAAGCAGAUGUGAUACUUGAAUGUGCCAGAAGAGUUGAAUUUCUUGGCAGUGAAUGCAUGAAGCCCAGAGGGGAUCUUGAUGAUUUUGAGUCAGAUUUAUCCACCUCUCAGAAUGAAAUAUCUUUGGAAAUAUGGUCAUUAGCUGGAUCUGUUGUUGAAUCUGUAUUCUCAAAUUUUGCUGUUCUUUACAGCAACAACUUCUGCAAUCUUCUUGGGAAGAUUGCAUUUGUUCCCACUGAAAGAGGAUUUCCAAGUGUUGGAGGCAAGAAAGGUGGGAAGAGAGUGCUCUCUUCAUAUAGUGAAGUUGUUUUGUUGAAAGAUUGGCCGCUAGCUUGGAGUUGUGCUCCCAUUCUCUCUAAACAGAAUGUUGUUCCACCUGAGUAUUCUUGGGGAGCAUUUCACUUAAGGAGCCCUCCAGUUUUUUCAACAGUUAUAAAACAUCUGCAGAUUAUUGGAAGAAAUGGUGGUGAAGACACUCUUGCUCAUUGGCCAACUGCAUCUGGUAUGAUGACCAUUGAUGAAGCUUCAUGUGAGGUCUUGAAGUAUCUGGAUAAGGUUUGGGGAUCCCUCUCUUCGUCAGAUAAAGCAGAGUUGCAGAAAGUGGCAUUUAUUCCUGCUGCAAAUGGUACACGCCUGGUGACAGCAAAAUCCCUUUUUGUGCGUCUGGCAAUAAACCUCUCCCCCUUUGCAUUUGAACUUCCUACACUGUAUCUGCCUUUUGUAAAUAUUCUCAAAGACAUGGGACUUCAGGACAUGUUAUCAGUUACUUGUGCAAAGGAUCUUCUUUUAAAUCUCCAGAAAGCUUGUGGAUAUCAACGUCUAAAUCCAAAUGAACUCCGAGCUGUAAUGGAAAUUUUAUAUUUCAUCUGUGAUACUGAGGCAAAUAUUUCAGAUGGGUCAAACUGGGAAUCAGAAGCAAUAGUCCCUGAUGAUGGCUGCAGACUUGUUCAUGCAAAAUCAUGUGUAUAUAUUGAUUCUUAUGGCUCCCGAUAUGUCAAAUAUAUUGACAUUUCCAGGCUAAGAUUUGUUCACCCAGAUCUUCCAGAGAGAAUAUGCACAGAAUUGAGCAUCAAAAAGCUGUCUGAUGUCGUCAUAGAGGAACUCAAUCAUGGGGAGCACUUACAGACAGUGGAAUGUAUUAGGUCAGUUCCACUAGCAUCCAUCAGACAAAAGCUGUUAAGCAGAUCACUUCAGGCUGCGGUAUGGACUGUAAUCAAUAGUGUUAGUAGUUACAUGCCUGCCUCUAAUCAUCUUACUUUGGAGAAGACACAGAGUUCUCUAGAAUAUGUUGCUGAGAAGUUGCAGUUUGUUCAUUGCCUUCACACUCAUUUUUUGCUCCAUCCAAAGCUUUUAGACAUUACCUCUGCAGCUAAGGAAUCCAUCCCUGAGUGGAAAAAUGAAUUCCAACAUCGAACUCUCUACUUUAUUAACCGGUCAAGGACCUGUUUUUUCAUUGCUGAACCGCCAGCCUACAUCUCUGUUUAUGAUGUUAUUGCAGCUGUUGUGAGCCAUGUUUUGGGCUCCCCAACUCCACUACCUAUUGGUUCUUUAUUUCAGUGUCCUGAUGGCUCAGAGACUGCUGUUGUUAAUAUUCUGAAAUUAUGUUCUGACAAAAGAGAAACUGAGCCCAUGGAUGGAAGCAGUAGUUUGGUUGGCAAGGAAAUAUUGCCACAAGAUGCUCUUCAUGUGCAACUUCACCCGUUGAGACCUUUUUAUAGAGGAGAAAUAGUGGCUUGGCAGUCUCGUAAUGGAGAUAAAUUGAAGUAUGGUAGAGUUCCAGAGGAUGUGAGACCAUCAUCAGGCCAAGCGCUCUACAGAUUCAAAGUGGAAACUGCACCAGGGGUGACUGAGACUCUUCUCUCUUCUCAGGUUUUCUCAUUCCGGAGCAUAUCAAUGGACAAUCAAGCUUCCUCAUCAGCAACCUUGCUGGAGAGUAAUUCUACAGUUAUUGAAAAUAGGAUGCAUACCGACAUGCCAGAAAGUUCUGGAAGAGGCAGAACAAGAUAUGAUCAGCUGCCACCUGGUAAAGAGCUCCAAUAUGGCCGAGUGUCAGCUGCAGAACUGGUGCAGGCAGUUCAUGAGAUGCUCUGCUCAGCUGGGAUCAAUAUGGAUGUGGAGAAGCAGUCUCUACUGCAAACAACCUUAACCUUGCAGGAACAACUGAAGGAGUCUCAGGCUGCACUUUUGCUUGAGCAGGAAAAGGCAGACAUGGCAGCAAAGGAAGCAGAUACAGCCAAAGCAUCAUGGAUGUGCCGGGUUUGUCUUAGUGCUGAAGUUGACAUUACAAUAAUCCCAUGCGGACACGUCCUGUGUCGCAGAUGCUCUUCUGCUGUUUCCAGGUGCCCAUUCUGCCGGCUCCAGGUCUCUAAAACUAUGAAGAUUUAUCGCCCAUGACAAGCUCCGGUCGUAUGUGCAAAAUACGAGAAUGAAAUUGCCCUACCUCAUUUACCCAGAGGGAGCCUCAUAAUAAUCUGUGUAAAUCUUCAUUUGCAAGGAAUAUGAUGAAAAGGAAACUAAUUUCCCCGAGGGUUAUGCCGAGGAAGUGAAAAUUAGCAUGUGGGGUAGGAGAGAGGUGGAUAGGAUUUGUGUUUAUCAUAAAGCCCUUUGUGUAUUAGGAGCUUUGUUCAUUUAUGUACAGAAGAAGAAAGCUGCUCAAUUUGCUACCAUGUACAGUAAGCAUUCUUGAGAUCUUUAAUCAAAUUUUUUUUAGUUCCAAA